UGUUUGGCUGUCAGCUGUUAUGUUUUAAUGGUUGAAUUUUGAAAAUGAUCGGGGCCCCAAUAGUUUCUUUGCUGAAUGAUUUACCAGGAUUGGACAAUGUAAGCAACGAGCAGCGGGAAGAUGGCGUUGAUAAGCUGACUUCUAUAAAAAGUGCACUGCAUGUUAUGAAAAAUAAUGAAAUAAAGAGGCAGCUUGACAAGUGUCCGGAAAAGUUGAACAUUAUUCUGAAUUAUCUGCUUUCACCUGCAGCUACAAGAGAAGAAGUCGAUGUUUGUAUCGAUAUCCUCUCAACUUGUGUCGAAGCGUUGGACGGAAACUCACUUUGUUUGGCAUUCAAAGGGAGUCUCUCUUCCGGUCUGCUUUCCGAAAACGACGACGUGACUUUAUUAUGCAUUAAAACGAUUAGCAACAUCCUUUCUCGUGGAACGCGCGAGUCCUUCACUUUGUUCGCGGAAAAGGAAAUACUUUCUGCAAUUGUCGGAUGCAUCGUCAGACCUCUUGAAGUGGCCAACAAAAGUGCAAAAGUUCUCAUUGUGAUGCUGACAAACCAUGAGAUGAUGACAUCUGCCAACAUGUGGAAUUUUGUUGCAAAUGAACUUUCGAAAUUUUUGCAAGACGAUGUAAUAAAAAUCAGAAUUCAAGAAUUAUUAGUGGAGUGCUGUUGUCAGAGUGAGGCCUCCUUUAGAGCCAUAUCCUCUUGGGAAAUGUUCGAUGAGAUCAUAGCCGACUCAGUCUCAGAUGACAUUCUAGUCCAGCUGAACACAUUCAUGGUGCUUUCUAGUUUGGCUUCGUGUGAGCAUGGCUUCGAGUAUUUGCAACAGAAGAAUAUUUUCAAGAAGUUCUCAGAGUUGCUUGUUAACGUAGACAGUCAUCCCUUCUCAAAUCUUCUCCUCCCGGGACUCCUGAAAUUUUUCGGCGGUGUUUGCCAGCAUAAACCAGACCAGGUGCUUUCUCAACAUCCGGAGUUUCUGACUAAGUUGUUCACCCAAAUGACCUUGGGAGAUACUUUGUCUUUGGAAACGGUGGCUUUUAUUGCACGAGGAGCAAAUGGCAAACGAAUCCUCAACUCUGAAAAAGAGAAAUUCAUCUCAAUAUGCUUGCAUCUAGCUGGUAGUUUAUGUCACUCGACCGAUACAAACCAGAGAGUGAAUGGACUAUUAGUGGCCGCUGAUCUGUUCCACGUAGAGCCAGACAGUAGCGACAACAACGAGAUAUCCUCCAUCCUCAAGGAAUGGUGGAUGAACCUUGGUUUGACCUGGAACUACCUGCUGGAACAACUCCAUAAACCGUUCGAAGAUGUCCAGAUUGCGACUCACAAUCUUCUGGCUAAUUUGCUACCAUAUCAUGACUGGGUGCUGCAAAGUUUCAAUAAUUCGGCCGGGUUCAUAGAGUACCUUCUCGGAAGACAAUCGGCGAUCGGACGUGGUGUGUGUUUGAGCAAGUAUGAACUGGUAUGUCGAUUGUCGGAUAGUUCGAAGGCCAGAGAAGUUCUGGGCGACCGAGUGUACGUGAAACUGCAGGCAUACAGAGCCAAUGGGCCCUACUAUGCUGGCGUCCAGGACCCACAGGUGGCAGUGGAACGAGAUUAAAAACUGACAUUAAAACUUUCAAACUCAGCGAAAACGCAUCAUGUCCAUCAUAAAAAUUAAAUUUGUAGAAAUUCAUUUUCGAUGAAGUAUAUGGAUAAUGUUACAAAUAUAAAGGGCUCUUAAAUCAGAAAACCCAGUUGAGCUAACAUGAGUGAUGACUUGCAACAGUUAAUAGCGCUUAAGGUGAUAUGUUAUGUCGUUACUCCGAACUAUGGCGUAGGGCGUUUUUUCCAGCGGAUUUAUAUUACCGGAAAUAAAGCUCGUAGGGGUCAAAUGUAG